AUUCUUUCUCAUCCACAACUUUCUACAACGCUUCUGAAGCAAAGGGAAAAAAACAUCAUCGGAAGAAAAUAAAUAAGAAACAACGUUAAGAAACACUAAACCAUGAGUUACUUGAACCGUGUUUGGAUGGCUGCCACGGUGGCGGUUGCGCAAGGCCACACCGACCCAGGCCACAAGUGCAAAACCGCCGUCAAGUCUAUCCAUAACAACCGCACCCGUCUCUUCUCUGCCGGAGGCCUCUCUGAUCUCAGGCCUUUGUCUGGCCUUAUGGGAUCUGACGUUGCCGGAGCUGCGACGGGGAACGGUUCCUCCGCCGAUGAUCGACGGGGGCAAACCGACGACUCUCUCCGGAAGGUUAUGUACUUGAGCUGCUGGGGCCAGGGCUGAGAGCCUCCGGCGUCGUCGCCGUCUGCGGCGAUUUGAGCUCACCGGAUGAGGAGUUUGUAACCAGGAUCCUGGUCUCGGGUCGAGAUCAGAUCUGAAGAGCCAAAAGGAGUGGUUGACCGGGUCAAAUCGAGUGACUCGGUUGAUGAAGAGUGUUAAAUAUUUUGGCUUUCGAUAAAUAUUGUAAAUUGAAAACUGUACAUAUGAGAAUGGUUUUCUGACCUCCGUAAAAUUUGUAACUUCGGGUUAUGAAAAGUGGAAAAUUUGACAUA